AUGCAGAUCAUGGUUUGUUUGGCAUCCGUGUAUGGAGCGUGGACUAUCAGAGACAGAAAAUGGUAUUUUGAGGUUGAUAAAACGAGAGGAGGUAGAAUGUUCUACCUGCAGGAUGAUUGUAAACAUGAAGAGCUGGUUGAAAUGGUUGUGAACGACUACAUGUUGCAAGUUAAUGGCGAGCUGCUGGAGUUGUCAUAUCCAUUACCAGCUGCUAUGAUGGAGAAAUUGCCAACGGAUUCACCUCCUAUGUAUGUGACGAACGACAGACAAGUUGGGAGCUUGGUGGAGUUAUGUAAGGAGCAUGUGGUCCGUCUUUGCGUCUCGACCCGCGUUGGUAUGGGAAGGAACUACAACGAACCAAUACAUGAGUGUGUCCAAGAAGAAAAGUCUGAAGAGGUGGAUAAAGAACACGUGGAAGAAGAAUUCGGUGAUGAAGGCUGGGAUGAUAACGACUCUGAUGAUGUAAACUGGAAUGACAAAGCAUGGGAUGUAAAUUCAGAAGAUGAAUCUGAUGAUACUCAUGACAAUGAUAGUGCUGAUGAUGUCGACAACCCCGACGAUAUCGAUGCAGAUUAUAGUAAGUAUGGCAAGGUUAAAGAUGAGGAAGAGGGUGAAGAGAGUUUGUCUUUCCGUGAAAGGCUCCGUAGAGCUAUGCCUCUAAAGAAGCCCUUCUUUCUGACGGCUGUGAUGGCAAGAUUCGCAUUUAAAGUCUACAAGUCCACUACGGAGUUGUUUGUGGCAAAAUGUGUUGUCAAUGGAUGUGCAUGGAAGUUGAGAGCAGCUGUGAAGAAUGAACCGGAUUGCUUCUGGGUUACCAAAUUCGAUGAGGAUCAUGUUUGGCUGAAUCUUACCUAUACAACGUCAUACCGGGCUCUCAAAUUCGCUCAAGUAUUUGUCAGGGGAACUCCAGAAGAUGGAUAUGCUAACCUUCCUUCCUACCUUAGAAGACUGAAGCAAGCAAACCCUGGCACUAUAACACACCUGCUCUGUGAUGAAGAAGAUCGCUUCAAGUACUGUUUUGUGGCGUUAGCGGCUUCAACAGCGGGAUUUCAGUACUUGAAGAGGGUUAUUGUGGUUGAUGGAACACACCUUACUGGGAAAUACGGAGGCACAUUACUCGUGGCAUGUGGACAAGAUGCAAACUUUCAAGUAUUUCCUCUAGCAUAUGGUGUUGUUGAUGCGGAGACUAAUGAGUCUUGGGGAUGGUUUUUUGAUAAAUUACAGACUUGUUUCUCACCACAUCCGAUGGUCAUUGUUUCAGACAGAGCAUUGUCCAUUGAAAAUGCUUGUGUGAAUGUGCUUCCAUGGGUCACUAGAGGAAUAUGCUACUACCAUCUUCAGCAAAAUAUUAUCAAGACAUAUGGUGGUAAGGAGCUUAUGUAUCUGGUUAAAGGAGCUGCUUAUGCCCACACUCUAGCUGAAUAUAAUCGGUGCAUGGACUCACUAAGAGCUGCGCACCCAGAACUCGCAGCAUACAUGGAGUUGGCCGACCCUAAGCUUUGGUCUAGAGUACAUUUUCCCGGUGAUAGGUACAACAUCAAGACGAGCAACAUUGCUGAAUCUAUCAACUCGGCUAUUAAAAAGGCAAAGGGUUUUCCCAUACCCUCUCUACUCCAGUUUAUUAGAGAGAUGUUAGGGCGGUGGUUCUACAAAAGGCGUGAAGAUGCUUUAAGUCUGCAGACACCAUACAGCAAGGGAGUUGAGUAUAUACUGGCCAUCCGUGAACAUUACGCUCAGUCAAUGGAUGUUCAGCGAAUAGAUGCAACUAGUUUCCAUGUUGCUGGACGUUCGCACUUCGUAGUUGAUCUAGAACAGGGUAAAUGUGAGUGUGGAGUGUUCCAAGUCGAGAAAAUGCCCUGUACACAUGUCCUUGCAGCGCUUGCCUCAGCUGGUGUGCACGUCUCACACCAUACAUGUGACACAUACUCGCAGGAAUGCUUGUAUGCGACCUACGCCCAUCCUAUAUAUCCUGAGGAGGAAAUUGACAACCACAAGAAGAAGAGCGAGCGGUGCCGACCUCCAAAACCGAAGGAUGGGCCUGGUCGUAAGAAGAAAUCAAGAUGGCAGUCGUGGCUGGAAAUUUCUAGGAAGUCUAAGGAAGAAAGGCAAGAGUCGAAGGAAGAAGCCCAAAGUUUACAGCUGCUCCAAAUGCAAGCAACCAGGACAUACGCGCCCGUAUUGUGUAAGCUUCGUGCGUCCCGCAGUUCCAUUAGUUUUCAUUACACAACCUCUGUAAUUUGUUUGCUCUUCACUAGGUGUCCAAGCCUGCUGAGAAAUAACUCGGCGGUCUACGAGCGGUCUUCCGGAGGUCUACGAGGAGUUCUAGGUCUACGAGGUCUACGAGGCGUUCACGGAAUUCUACGUGGAGGUUUACGAGGCCUACGAGGUUACUCGCGAUCUACUUAUACAUUCGUGGAGGUCUACGAGGUGUUCACGGGCGGUAAUAUUGCUUUCGUACUAUUUUCAUUAUUAUUGUUUAAUACUAAGUGA